AUUUAAUAACAAACAAAAUAUGUUCAAACUAUUGGUGCCUAUGAACCAAAUGAAACAGUUUAAAAUAGACUAUAAUUACGAAAAGAUUGCAUUUGAUUUGAUUGACGCUAAUUGGGCUGAAAAGGUAGACAUCUAUGAGAAACGAGUCGUCCAUUCGAUGAAGAGUGGAGACGAUUAUGAUUAUGAAAACUAUCACAACUUAAACGAAAUUAAUAAUGAAUUAAAACGUGUGUCCAAAGUGUUUGCAAACAUUACGAGACUAUUCUCAUUGGGACAGACAUACGAGAAACGGGAGAUCUAUGCCAUCAGAAUAGCCAAAGACUAUAAUAAGAAGAUAAUUGUGUUUGAGUGCGGAAUUCAUGCCAGAGAAUGGAUUUCACCGGCUGUUUGUCUGUACUCUAUAAAACAUUUACUUAAUGAGCAAACCUUGCUCAUUAAUAAAUAUCAAUUCCUUAUUAUCCCCACAAUCAAUCCGGACGGGUAUGACUAUACGUGGACUGGAGAUAGAUUUUGGAGGAAAAACAGGCAACAGAUAUCAGAAAAAGAUUGCUUUGCGCUCGAAACCAAAGCGUUAAGUAAUUACUUGAAACAAAUUGGACACAAAUUAGUGGCAUAUUUCGCGUUUCACUCUUACGGUCAGUUGUGGACCUAUCCCUACAGCUAUACCAAAGACAAACCAUGUAUUGAUGACCACAUCCUAUUUAAACAACUCUCAGAAAUAGCCACUAAUGCUAUCAAACGAACGCAUAAUAAGAUCUACACUUAUGGCGAUAACUCCGACUUGUUGUACAUGGCCUCUGGAGUAAGCAAUGACUGGGUUUACGCUACAUUUGGUGUGAAAAUAAAUUUCGGGAUAGAGCUGCGUGACCAGGGACAAUUCAAUUACUUCCUGCCGGCCCCACAGAUAAAGCCCACCUCUGAAGAGAUGUGGGCCGCCAUUGAAGCCAUUUUCAAACACGUGUCUCAAACGGAUUCAUUUGCCACGGGAUCUACUCUGGAUGACAUCCGAAAGUCUGUCGACCCUUAUGUGGCCCUUAAGGACAAUGAAGAGAGAGCCCAAUACGAGGACUUCUGGAAACUUAAUUCAUAUUUUCACGGAAACACAGAUAAAGCCAGUGAUUAUGGGGCCGUUGAAGAGCACCUGAAAAAGUUAGAGACGGGAAAGGGAGCUGCGAAUAGACUCUUCUAUUUAGCCCUUCCGCCUACUGUUUAUGCGGCCACGGCUUCGGCCCUACACUCAGCCCUUAUGUCGCAAACGGGUUGGAAUCGACUCAUAAUAGAGAAGCCUUUCGGUCGCGACAGUGAGAGCUCUAACACUUUGUCCGAAGAAUUGUCAAAAUUGUUUACAGAGGACCAGAUCUAUCGCAUUGACCACUACUUAGGCAAAGAAAUGGUACAGAAUUUGCUUUCAUUGAGGUUUGCAAACAGAAUAUACGAACAGAACUGGAAUAAAGACAGCAUUUCUAACGUCGAGAUACUCUUCAAAGAGCCGUUUGGCACUCAG